GGUUUCUGUACGAUCUCCCGUGACCAAUGAGCGGGGUGCUGUCAGGGGUAACCACAUCUGUCAACCGUUCUCGGCCAAUAAAGAGCAGCGCGAGGCGGACCUCAGGUGCGCGCCUCUGCGUCCCCUUGGCACAGUGCCCGGGAGAUGCUAAGAGAGAGACGCCUAGCUGCCCCGUGGCCCCGCAAAAAAAAAAAAAAAGAGUUACUGUCAUAGGAAGCACCCCCUUUUUUAAACUCCGGCUAUCACUCUGGCUCCGAGAGUUAUGGCGACCGCCACGUCCAACCACUACAGCGUCCUCGCUACCCCCAGCAGCGCGCCGCCGCCGCACUCGGAGUCCGGGAGCAUGCAGCAGGCGGCCGCGUACAGGGACGCGCACACCCUUCUCCAGAACGACUACAGCACGCUAACGGGCGUCGCUGGACAUCCGCUGAGCCACGCGCACCAGUGGAUCACGGCGCUGUCGCACGGGGACACCGGGGCGCCCUGGACGACGUCGAGUCCCCUCGGAGAGCAGGACGUGAAGCCCGUGCUGCUGCACGACAGCUCCGACCGAGAGGAGCUACAGAACUCCGCCAGUCUGCAGCAGCAGCAGCAGCAGCAGCAGCAACAGCGACACCCUCACCUAGCGCACCAGGCGCAUCACGAAGUCAGAGCAUGGCGAACGAGCACAGCCACCACGCACAUCCCGGGCAUGGCGACGUCUGAGGGGCAGAAUCUGGUGUACUCCCAGUCCGGCUUCGCUCUGAUGCCCGGGGGAGGAGAGCAGCAGCAGCAGCAGCAGCAGCAGUCGGGCGGGAUGCACCACCACCCGCUGAGGGAGGACGACCACCACAGCCAUAGCCCUCACCUCAGUGAGCACGGAGGGGGCGGCUCGGGGCCCCACCAGCAGCAGUCUCUCGGGCACCUCGGGCACCAGCAGCACGGCGGGCAGCAGCACCAGCAGGACCACUCGGACGAGGACACGCCGACCUCCGACGACCUGGAGCAGUUCGCCAAGCAGUUCAAGCAGCGGCGCAUCAAGCUGGGCUUCACCCAGGCGGACGUGGGGCUGGCGCUGGGGACGCUGUACGGGAACGUGUUCUCCCAGACCACCAUCUGCCGCUUCGAGGCGCUCCAGUUGAGCUUUAAGAACAUGUGCAAACUCAAGCCCCUGUUGAACAAGUGGCUGGAGGAGGCGGACUCCACCUCGGGGAGCCCCACCAGCCUGGACAAAAUCGCGGCGCAGGGGAGGAAACGGAAAAAGAGGACCUCCAUCGAGGUGGGGGUGAAGGGAGCGUUGGAGAGCCAUUUCCUCAAGUGUCCAAAACCGGGAGCGGCGGAGAUCAACUCAAUCGCGGACAGCCUGCAGCUGGAGAAGGAGGUGGUGCGCGUGUGGUUCUGUAACCGGCGGCAGAAGGAGAAGAGGAUGACACCCAUAGGGGGACAGAUGCCAGGGGAGGACAUGUACGGGGAUACCCCUCCGCAUCACGGCGGACAGACCCCCGUGCAGUGACCUCCAAAGCACCGUCAUUCCUAAAAUAACGCACGGACGCCCCCCCCCCCCCUCCCCCACCACCACCACCUCUCCCCCUCCCCCCACAGCCCCCCGAUGGGAUCUUAAUUCGCUUAUUUUUUGGUGGGGGGGCCCGUUUGGCAUCGAGCUGUAGCUAUAAUGCUAAUGUCGGGAUCGGUGAACAGAGGCAGAGGGAAUACUGUGCGCCUCCGUUCCGAGCAGACACAUCAGCGGCGGGGAGGAGAGGGUCUCACGCCGUGGAAUUACCGAGAAUAAUACAACAUGGUUGGUGUGUGUGAGUGUGUGUGCUAACCAAAAAAAAAAAA